CUCUGGUUCCGCCUGCGGUGAACGCAAAGCUCCCGGCCGGCUACUAAAGUGUCAGGCACUGAAUCGGGGAGCCCGGUUUUUGUGCGCUCGCGGUGGUUCACCCGCCGUUUCUUUGGCUCUCGUUCGUCUAGUCUUGUGUCUCUUUCAGGCCCGUCGUACCAGUUGUCUAGUUUUAUCUUCCUCGCCUUCUUUCUCUUUCCCUCCCGCGCAGCUCAGGAUGCAGGAAAAAGACGCCUCCCUGUACGGUUUCCAGCCUCGCUUCCAACAUUUCGCCACGCAGGCCAUCCAUGUGGGCCAGGAACCCGAGCAAUGGACCUCCCAUGCUGUGGUGCCCCCCAUUUCACUGUCCACCACGUUCAAGCAAGAGGCUCCCGGCCAUCACUCGGGUUUUGAAUAUAGUCGUUCUGGAAACCCCACCAGGAAUUGCUUGGAAAAAGCAGUGGCAGCACUAGAUGGGGCCAAGUACAGUUUGGCCUUUGCUUCAGGUUUAGCAGCCACUGUGACUAUUACCCAUCUCUUAAAAGCAGGAGACCAAAUUAUUUGUAUGGAUGAUGUAUAUGGAGGUACAAACAGGUACUUCAGGCAGGUGGCAGCUGAAUUUGGAUUAAAGAUUUCUUUUGUUGAUUGUUCCAAGACCAAGUUGCUAGAGGCAGCCCUUACACCCGAAACCAAGCUUGUUUGGAUUGAAACCCCCACAAACCCUAACUUGAAGAUGAUUGACAUUGAAGCCUGUGCACAUACUGUCCAUAAACACAGCGACAUAAUUUUGGUCGUGGAUAACACUUUCAUGUCGGCGUAUUUCCAGCGGCCUUUGGCUCUGGGAGCUGAUAUUUGUAUGUAUUCAGCAACAAAAUACAUGAAUGGCCACAGUGAUGUUGUAAUGGGCUUAGUGUCUCUUAAUUCUGAGAGCCUCCAUGAUAGGCUCCGCUUCUUACAAAAUUCUCUUGGAGCAGUUCCAUCUCCUGUUGACUGUUACCUCUGCAAUCGAGGUCUGAAGACUCUACAGGUCCGAAUGGAGAAGCAUUUCGAAAAUGGGAUGGCAGUUGCUCGGUUUCUGGAAUCUAAUCCUAGGGUAGAAAAGGUUAUUUAUCCUGGACUGCCCUCUCAUCCCCAGCAUGAGCUGGCAAAGCGUCAGUGCACAGGCUGUCCAGGGAUGAUCACCUUUUAUAUUAAGGGCACUCUUCAACAUGCUGAGACUUUUCUCAAGAACCUAAAGUUAUUUACUCUGGCUGAGAGCUUGGGAGGAUACGAAAGUCUUGCUGAGCUUCCGGCAAUCAUGACCCAUGCAUCAGUGCCUAAGAGCGACAGAGAUGCCCUUGGAAUUAGUGACACACUGAUUCGCCUCUCUGUGGGCUUAGAGGAUAAAAAAGACAUACUUGAAGAUCUAGAUCAAGCUUUGAAGGCAGCAGUAAGUUUAUUUUGGGGUGUUUGUGUGCCUCAUCUUGGAGGGGGUGGUCACUGUUUUCUACAGUGGCCUCACUGUAAACUCUAAAGGUUUCUUCUCUUCCUACAAUAGACAGGGAACUCAGUAAAAGGGCAGAUUUUAAAAAUGCUGGUAUUCAGAGCGCCUGGGUGGCUCAGUUGGUUAGGCGAUCGACUUUGGCUCAGGUCAUGAUCUCGUGGUUCACAGGUUCCAGUCCCGCAUCAGGUUCUGUACUGACAGCUCAGAGCCUGGAGCCUGCUUUGGAUUCUGUGUCUCCCUAUCUCUCGGUCUCUUCCCCACUAGUGCUCUGUCUUUCUCUCUCUCAAAAAUAAAAUAAACAUAAAAAAAAAAAAAAAAAUGGUAGUAUUCAGAAAAGAGUCCUUA